AUGGUCUCUCCUGUCGUCGGCACCGUAGGCGGCGAGGUUGGUGGCGUCCCGGACGUCGGGGGAGUUGUCACUCCCGCCAUCGGCAUCGUGACUCCCGUCAUCGGCGGCUCCCCGUCCCCCAAGACCCGGCACGGCGGACGCAAGGCGUGCCCUCCCUCACCCCCGACCCCCACACCGUCUCCCCCGACGCCCACGCCAAGCCCCACGCCCUCCUCCGACACGUGCCCGAUCGACAUGCUGAAGCUGGGCGUGUGCCUGGACCUGCUCGGCAACGAGCUGCACAUCAGCGACGCCAGCGUCAAGUGCUGCCCUCUCGUGCAGGGCAUCGCCGAGAUGCUCACCGCCGCGGCGUGCCUCUGCACCGCCAUCAAGGCCAAGGUGCUCAACCUCGCCCUCUACGUGCCGCUUGCCCUCCAGCUGCUCGUCAACGACUGCGGCUGCGCCAUGCCCCCGGGCUACACCUGCGCCUGA